UCUGACCGCCGCGGGCCCGGCCGGGUCAGACGCGGCGCGCAGCCUCCCUGUGAACGCCGGCAGCGGCGCGGCGCUGUCCAAUUUAUCACGGCGAUGACCGCUCAUUAGGGGGCGGCGUAACCUGGCCGGCCUGAGAACGGGCGCCGGCGCGCCGCCGGUGGCUGCCGCCCUGCCCCCGCGCCGCCGCCACUUGACCCGGGCCGUUUCAUCUGGCGCCGUCGGCCGACAGGUGGCCGACGAGUGUGGGAAUGUGGCAGUUCUCACGGCCGGCCAUCUCCCAGGAUUCCAGCGCCGGCGGCCGUUCACGCGAGCCCCACAGCCAGGCGGCGUGGGAAAACGCCUGCUGCGCCAGCGCCGUGCACCCGAGCACCACCCCGGCGACCCAAACUGGACGCGGAACCGUCUCCGGUGUCGUUUUUUCUCUUUUUGGCCAGUGUUUCCCGCCAGGGUUGGUGUUCGGCGCGGGUGCCGGCCGGCCGGAGCCAGCCAAUCAGAGGCCUGCUCCAGUGCACCGUGCCGCCGCCUGGGACGCACGCUGUCGGGGGCGGAGCUUACGCCGGGGCGGCUACCAAAUUCACCUGUGGCCGCGCCGCCGCGGUAACCCGCGAAAUAGAUCAAACGAUCAAAACAAAGAGCGCGGCUGGGCGGGGAGGUCGGCGCAGCUCCAGUGUCUCCCUCGGUGCCACGUGAGCAGUGCAGCACGAGGUGUGGAAGACGUCGCUAUUGCCAUGGACAUGGAUCCGCUGAGUCCCAACUCCUCCAAGUGCGGCCCGGGCGGCUACGUGCCUCCUUCGCGCACGCACGAGUACAAAAAGCUGAUGAAGCCGCUGAUGGAGCGAAAGCGGCGCGCCCGGAUGAACCUCUGCAUUGAGGAGAUCCGGGACCUGAUCUCGGGUCAACUGAGCGGCCCGGGACCGCGCGCGCCCAGGGACGACGAUCUCGUCUCGCGCAUGGACAAGGCGGAGGUGCUGGAGCUGGCCGUGAAGCACAUUCACAAGCAACUGAUGUCGAGCCGGCGCCCGGACCCCUACACGGAGGUGAAGAUGUUUCACCAGGGCUACAUGUCGGCGCGCGCCGUCAUCAAUGAUUACCUGCAGUCCAGCCAGGAGACCGACCCGGCCGUCCUGCACCGUCUCAACUCACACCUGGACCGGCUGGUGGCCGGGCCGACGAUGGCCCCGCUGGCGGCGCCGCUGCGCGUGCUGCCUCCCGUACCUGCUCCGCUGGCUCCGCCCCUGGUCGGACCGCUCGCCGCUCCGCCGCCGCGGCCGCCCGUCCCUCCUCCCGCCGCUGCUGCCGCCGCUGCUGCCGAUACGAGCUCCUCGUCGAGCGGUAGUGACCAGGAGGAGCCAGCCGGGCCGUCCGACGGGCCCAUCAACCUCUCCAAGUCGGCGUCGGCAUCGGCGUUCCGCCCGGUCGUCAGCAAGGCGGCGGCCGCUGCCGAUCCCAACUCCUGGAGGCCCUGGUGAUUGUGCGCGAUCGACGCGACAUCUGACGGGCCAACACGAGCGCAGCCUGUCGGAGUUCGGGUGAAACGGCGUCGGCUGUUGGCGAGACAUGAUCUCACCGUCUUGGGCGUUUGUGUGUGCGUUUGAGACAGGUUAAUGCUGUAAGUGUGUGUCUGUGUGCGCCAUGGGUCGCGAUUAGCUUAAUGUGUGCUCAAAAUAGAGACAUGAGUGCUCAGGCGCUUUCGCGUCUCAACAACAAAUCAAAUGUCUUCCAUUUGCAUGAUUCGCUCGCAAACACAGUGUUCUGAUCAAAUGAACACGCGAGUUCUGAAUCUCGUCUUUAACGUGUGACCUGCCUACCGAUCUGACCGUAGUCACGUGAGCGCUUGUAUACGGGGUAGCACGUUGUUUGGUCGUAGUCACUGCAUAUUUGGGUAGCAACGUAGCCUGGUUUAGGGGAGAUUCGCGUAGAAAGAGCAGUGCCGAGCGUCUCGCCGCACUCCCUCGCGCAGGGCUCCAAUCUUCAGAGAAUUCCAGUGUGGCGCCCGAGUCUCCGUCUGCCCCGGUGCGCCGGUGAGCUCGGGUUGGCCGGUCUUUCAUUGUAGCGUGAUAUCCAGAUGGCUGCCGAGUCGGGUCACAGUGGAACAUCGGUGGAAAAUACACUCGAGUUCAGCAAA